AUGGACAACGCACAUGCUGCAUCAGUGCAGGAAGUUCUAGCUGAACUUCAGGUAAAAGAAAACUUAGGUCUCUCCUCUGAUCAAGUUAGAAAAGCUGAAAAGAAAUGGGGAAGAAAUGUUCUCCCGGUCGAUGAAGGAACAUCACUUUUCUCUUUAAUAUUGGAACAAUUCAAAGAUCAACUCGUGAUCAUCCUACUUAUUUCUGCCAUCAUCUCAUUCGCACUUGCAAUCAUCGAAGAAACAGAAGAUAAGGCAACUGCCUUUGUGGAACCUUUAGUGAUUCUCUUAAUCUUGGUCGCAAAUGCAACUGUUGGUGUGGUUCAAGAAACCAAUGCCGAAAAGGCUAUCGAGGCUUUAAUGGAAUACGCACCCGAUGAAGCUACUGUAACCCGAUCUGGUAAAUCGAUCAAGAUUCAUGCUGCUGAGCUAGUCCCUGGUGAUAUUAUCACUGUCACCGUUGGAGACAAAGUACCCGCCGAUGCUCGAAUCAUCUCGAUCUCAUCCGCUUCCUUCACCGUCGAUCAAGCUGUCUUAACAGGCGAAUCCGUCAGUGUCUCUAAGAAUAUCGAUCCUGUCAAACUUCAAGGCGCUGUCAAACAAGAUAUGAUCAAUAUGCUCUUCAGUGGUACUACCAUCGUCAGUGGUAAAGCCAAAGCUAUCGUCGUCGCUACUGGAGCUCGUACUACCAUUGGUGAUAUCCACGAAUCGAUCUCAACUCAAAUCUCACAAAAGACUCCACUCAAACAAAAAGUAGACGAUUUUGGUGAUAUGUUGGCAAAAGUGAUCACAGUGAUUUGUAUCUUAGUUUGGGUGAUCAACAUUCGUCAUUUCAAUGAUCCAAAUCAUCAUGGCUGGCUUAAGGGUGCCAUUUAUUAUUUUAAAAUCGCCGUGGCUCUUGCGGUAGCGGCUAUUCCUGAAGGAUUACCUGUAGUCAUCACACUUUGUCUUGCACUUGGGACUACCAAGAUGGCUAAGAAGAAUGCGAUCGUGAGAUCAUUACCGAGUGUGGAAACUUUGGGAUGCACUAAUGUGAUUUGUUCUGAUAAGACUGGAACUCUUACCACCAAUCAAAUGUCGGUUUCAAAAUUUUUGGUCGCGAGUGGAACCGGCCUAAAUGAGUAUACUGUCGAAGGAGCUACUUAUGCACCUGAGGGUCAUGUCAUUGAUGCGUCGGGCAAACGCUUGGUCGAGCCUUGCGCGGAAGUUCCAGUUAUCGAAACCCUUGCACGAGUUUGCGCUCUUUGUAAUGAGGCCAAGAUUGUAAUGAAUGAGACCACUCGUACAUAUGUCAAUAUCGGUGAACCAACUGAAGCUGCCUUGAAAGUUUUGGUUGAAAAGCUUCAAUCCUCAGAUCGUACCUUUAAUUCAAAGUUAGAUAAACUCUCAUCUGAAUCUCGAGUCUCGGCUGUCAACGAUCACCUUGAGGAACAAUACCAAAAGAAAUUAGUCUUCGAAUUCACACGUGACCGAAAGUCCAUGUCCGUCUUAACUCAUCAACCUAGCACUGGUCGUUCUUACAUGUUUGUGAAAGGUGCACCGGAAUCAGUCUUGGAUCGUUGUAGCUAUAUCUCUUCAGGAGGAAACAAUGGAAAAUCAGAUUUUACCAAGAAGACCCGUGAAUUGGUCGAUGAAAAGGUCAAACACUACGCUGAACAAGGUCUUCGAGUCUUGGCACUCGCUCUCAUUGAAGAUGUCGAAUCCAACGUAGAACAUUACAAGACAAGCUCAUCAACUGAUUAUGUUAAAUUCGAACAACAAAUGACGUUUAUCGGAUUAGUUGGAAUGUUAGAUCCACCAAGACCAGAAGUCAAAGGAGCGAUUGCGAAAUGUAGAUCAGCAGGAAUCCGAGUAAUUGUUAUCACAGGUGAUAACAAAGCAACAGCUGAAACGAUUUGUAGACAAAUUGGAGUCUUUGAUCAAACUGAAGAUUUAGUGGGACAAAGUUAUACUGGAAGAGAAUUUGAUGCAUUAUCAGAAAAAGUUAAAUUAGAAGCAGUACUACGAGCCAGCCUAUUUUCAAGAGUCGAGCCAUCACAUAAACAAAAGAUUGUAGACUUACUUCAAUCUACUGGUUUGAUUGUAGCCAUGACAGGAGAUGGAGUGAAUGAUGCACCUGCAUUAAAAAGAGCUUCGAUUGGAAUUGCUAUGGGCAGUGGAACGGAUGUAGCUAAAUUAGCUGCUGAUAUGGUUUUGGCCGAUGAUAACUUCGCUACAAUUGAACAAGCUGUUGAAGAAGGUCGUGGGAUUUAUGAGAAUACUAAACAAUUUAUUCGAUAUUUGAUUUCAUCUAAUAUCGGAGAAGUUGUAUCAAUCUUUUUAACUGUCUUAUUAGGAAUGCCAGAAGCUUUGAUCCCAGUUCAACUUCUAUGGGUUAAUUUGGUCACUGACUCUUUACCUGCCUUGGCACUUGGAUUUAAUCCCAAGGAUCACUCGAUCAUGUCACGACCUCCUAGAAGUAGUAAAGAACCUUUAGUAGGAGGUUGGUUAUUCUUCCGUUACUGUGUAAUUGGAAUGUAUGUAGGUUGUGCUACUGUUGGAGCAUAUGCAUGGUGGUUUAUGAAUUACUCUGGUGGUCCUCAAAUCUCAUUUUAUCGAUUGACUCACUUUGGUGAAUGUUCAACUUCAUCAAUCCCCUUGAUCGGAUGUGAAUUAGUUACAUCUGAAUUUAUGAAGAAAGCUACUACCAUGUCACUUUCGGUUUUAGUUCUGAUCGAAAUGUUUAAUGCUAUGAAUUCAUUAUCUGAAAAUGAAAGUUUAUUAACUUUACCUCUUUGGAGUAAUCUUUAUUUGUGUGGUGCAAUUAGUCUGUCUAUGGCUUUACAUUUCUUAAUCCUUUAUGUUCCUGCUUUAGCCAAAUUGUUUGUGAUUACUCCUUUGAACUUAGAGGAAUGGAAAGCGGUGUUCUGGAUCAGUUUCCCGGUGAUUGUGAUUGAUGAAGUCUUGAAGUUUUUCAGUAAUCAAUUCUUUGCUAAAUCUGGUCGACAAUCACUUCGGGAAAAGAAGAGAAAUUGAAAAGCUCCUAGCAUGAACAUCAAACCUGAAGAUGGCUUGAUAUAGGUUAUGAUAGGAUUUGGAAAAGAGAAUGGAUAGAAAGGAAAUGAGGAAAAGGUUUUGAUUCUUUACGUGUUGAAAGAAUCUAAGAAAAAGAAAUCUCUCAGUCAUCAUUCACCUUUUUAUAAAUAGAACGAAAAAUCAAUCAGUAGAAAGUUUAAAUGUAUUAGACAUACAUAGAUCUUCUUUAAAAAAAGAAUCAUGUUUGAGGGUGUCUUUUUUUGUAAAGAAAACAAUACGUGAUGUAUUUAGUAAAAAAAUUAUAGAUAUUUCAUGUCACGUC